AAAUUUAUCAACAACUCCAAACUUCAAAACUACAUAUAUAUGCAGCGACCACUUUGAUGACAAAUUUUUUCAUUAUUCUGAUGAAUUAAGAAGCAGAAAACGACUACGACCAGAAGCUGUUCCUGAAAACAUAAAUUUACAUCAAUCUUAUUUGUUAACAGAGAAUGUUGCCAAAGAGGCAGUAACGGAUAGAGUAUUAGUUAGCAGUAUUAAUAAACCUGAAAAUAAUAUAUUGAAAGAGAAAAAUUUAGAAUUAAAUAAAGAUUGUGAUAAAGAGACUAAGAUAUGUGGAGAAAAAAUGCCUGUGAAUUGUUUUGAUAAAGGCUCUUUAAACGAGCAAAUUUGUUCACAUAAACUAAAUAAUAGUAGUGUAAGCAAUGACUCAAACAGUAAAAAAAGGAAAAAUGUAUUUACGCAGAACAAAGCUGUAAAAAGAGUUCGUUUUAUGAAUGGUUUUAAAACAGAAUAUAUAUUUCGAGAAGACUUCGUUUCUGAUGAAGCUUGGAAUCGAUUCUUAAGAUUCACAACUUAUAAAAAAUCGAAAAUGGCAGCUGCACAUAACAAAAACUCACGCAAAGGAAAAAAAAUAAAAAAUUUAAAAGUUUUGAUAAAAGAGAAGAAAAAAGAGAAGAAACACUCCUUGUGAAGUAAAAUUUACUUCCACUCAAGUUAAUGUUUUUCUGCAAAAUAACAAAUAUCAUAUCUUUGAACAUAAUUACAGUAAAAGUGAAAGUUGGUAUUCUCCUGAAUACGCAGAAGAAA